UUAGGAUCGCGUUUUGACGAGGAAGUUGAGCGCUGCACCAACGGCCAUCACACUAUCACAGGAUAGAAGUUCGGUUGGAACUAGCGUGGGUGCGUGGGUAAGAUGUCUGACAACUUCAAUGGAUGGACAUGUCAAUCACCUACUGCACCUUACAAAAACCUCAACCAACCCAACCGCCCCCAUCUCCCUAGUACUAUGCAAGUACUACUCAUGCAGGCAGAAAAGCAGUUUAUCAGCAAGAGAAGGCAGCGAAUAAGAUGCCGCCGCGGAUGCACCAACGUCCACAUGAAGAUGAUGGGAACCCCGCCGCGAGAUUCGCUAAGGACGCAGAAGAGCGACUGAGAACUACAAAACAUCCUCCAUGUCGCACUCUUGUUCCUCAUGCUUCUAUGUAGAAUAGAGUAUUGUUUUCGUUGAGUGCGCAAUAUGGCUGUGAUCGUUCUUCUCGCAUUGCUUGGGGCAGCUUUGGCCUAUCGUGUCGCGUACCGUCUUUAUCUAAGUCCUUUGGCCAAAUUUCCCGGCCCGAAGCUUGCCGCUUUGAGCACCUGGUAUGAAUUCUACUACGAUGUGAUCAAAAAAGGCCAAUUCAGCUUUCACAUCGAUGAUCUCCACAACAAAUAUGGACCCAUCGUACGUAUAUCUCCGGAGGAACUGCAUAUCAAAGACAGCACUUUCUGGGACGAGUUAUAUGCUCGUAACCCGAAACAGGCAAAAUAUAAACGGAAUGCGGCAAGGCUAGGUAACAAGACGUCCACCUUCUCCACCACAGAUCCGCAGCUUCAUCGUCUGCGGAGGAGCGCCCUGAAUCCAAUGUUUUCUAAGCAAGCGAUCCGAAAGUUCGAGUUAACUGUCCGAGACAAACUAAUAUACAUGUGCGACAAGAUCGCCUUGUAUAAGGAGUCCGGGAGCGUUCUCACUAUAAAUAAAGCAUUCUCUUGUCUUACGGGCGAUAUCAUAACAAAAUACUGCUUUGGAAUCGGCUAUGAGCACCUCAAGUCACCAGACUUUCAAGACAAUUUCCACGAUGCUUUCUUUGCGUUGGCCGGAUUUGGACACGUCGUCCUGCAUUUCCCCUGGCUGCACCCUCUCAUGAGGAGGAUGCCUGACUCUUGGAGAACUACUAUGAACCCUGCCAUUGCGAAGAUAAUUCGACUCCGUAAGGAUCUACAGCACAAAAUCUCCAGCAUCAGAUCGGAAAAAGGCGCCGUACCGCCUCCAGAGCAUCCUACCAUAUUUCACGCUGUAUUGGAAUCGAGUUUGCCGGACUUUGAGAAGUCCCCCGGCCGGCUCGUCAACGAGGCACAAUUACUCAUCGGUGCUGGUCUGGAAACCACAGCCUGGGCGCUCUGCAACGCCAUCUUCUAUAUCCUAUCCGACCAGGCAGUACAUGAUAGGCUUCGCCAGGAGCUCUUUAACGCGAUCCCUGACCCGUCGGCGGCGGAUGCAUUUAACUUACUCCAUCUAGAGAGUCUACCGUACCUGAAAGCUUGUAUUAAAGAAUCGGUUCGGUUCUCUAUCGGUGUCACAACCAGAACUGCUCGAGUUUUCAGCUCGCCAUUGCCCUAUAGCGACUGGGUCAUUCCACCGAACACGCCUGUGUCGAUGACGAUGACGGAUAUUAAUUUCGAUGAUUAUGUCUAUGGAGACGCGCGGAAGUUCAGGCCGGAGAGGUGGCUAGGCAACGCCACUGCGAAGGACGGGAAACCGCUUGACCAUUAUUUCGUGGCCUUCGGAAGGGGUCCGAGGGGCUGCUUAGGAAUCAACCUUGCGCAUCUAGAAUUGUAUACCACGAUUGCGAGCAUCUUCCGAAGGUUCAAGCUGGAGCUCUUCGAGACUGACCACACUGAUGUCGAGAUGAUAGCUGACAUGUUUCUCCCAUGUCCGAAACCCGACACCAAAGGCAUCCGCGUGAAAGUGGUAUAGGGAAAGACUUUAUCUAGAGUAUAUGAUUUGACGGUAGACAACUCGUGCAUGGGCUCUGUCAUCGCAAGGCAUGGGCAAGAAGUAUGAAAGAGCACGGGGCUGCCCACAGGGGAAUUCCUGGCUGGAAGCGUUCGAUGUUGAUUUAUUAUCGGAUAUACCUCGAGUGCUACCUCAAUCGAGGCAUUAUCUCACCAUAUCUCUACUGUGCUGGGCAUACCUUUUAGCUUGUCCGUGUACUCUCGUUUGCCUCGUCUCCCACAUAUAGGCUCGUGUCUGCGACCUGCGUGUUGCCCUCCCUGCCUUUUAGUUAGCGUACUGGGUCCGACAUUGGGUGUAACCACGUGACCUAUUACUUCUCUUAAUGAAGAAACGAAGGGUGAUCAGGAAACUUUGAUCGCAACAUAACACAGCAUAACAUCGCCC